AUGGAAGGAACAUUUCUCGGUAAUACGGCUUUGAAUAUAACAGAUAUUGGUGUUAUCAUUGCUUAUUUUAUCUUCAUCCUCAUCUUUGGAAUAUACUUUUCUCGUACAAGCCAAGCUAAUGCUGGAGGGUAUUUUCUGGCUGGAAAGAAUAUGAAAUGGAUGCCUAUUGGUGCUUCAUUGUUUGCCAGCAAUGUGGGUAGCAUCCAUUUUGUUGGUUUGGCAGGAUCAGGGGCUGCAGCAGGAAUAGCUGUGGGUCUUUUUGAAUUGAAUGCCAUGUUUAUUCUGCUUUUACUGGGAUAUAUAUUCCUACCUGUCUAUUUGUCAGCAGGGGUGUACACAAUGCCUGAAUAUCUAAAGCUUCGGUUUGGAGGACGACGCAUACAGAUUUGCAUGGCCUUCUUAACACUCAUGGUCUACAUAUUCACCAAAAUUUCAGCUGAUCUCUACGCAGGAGCACUGUUCAUUGAACAAGCAUUGAAAUGGGACCUUUACUUAUCUUUGAUGCUUGUCUUGGGAAUGGCUUGUGUGUUUACAAUUGCAGGUGGCUUGUCAACUGUAAUCUGGACAGAUUUCCUCCAGACUUUCAUAAUGUUGGCUGGUGCCAUUUUUCUUAUGAUUAUGAGCUUCGUAAAAGUUGGUGGCUUUACAGCAAUGGUAGAGAAGUACCCAUACGCAAUCCCCAACACAACACUAAUGGACAAUACCACCCAAUGUGGCUAUCCUCGAAAAGAUUACAUGCAUUUCUUCCAUUCUCCUGAUGCAGAUGAUAUUCCAGGCCCAGGCAUCAUUGGACUUACCAUCAACUCUAUCUGGUAUUGGUGCUCUGAUCAGGUCAUUGUUCAGAGGGCGCUAGCUGCAAAAUCCUAUGAUCACAGCAAAGCUGCAACAAUAUUCUGUGGUUACCUAAAAAUAUUGCCUCUGUUUCUUCUAGUCUUUCCAGGAAUGAUUGCCAGAAUUCUUUUCAAAGAUACUGUCGGCUGUGCUGAUGCUGAUGCUUGCUAUGAGAUUUGUGGUGGGCCAGCUUGCAGCAAUAUUGCCUACCCUUCACUUGUUAUUAAUCUAAUGCCAGAAGGUGCCCGAGGUCUGAUGCUGGCAGCCAUGGUCUCUGCUUUGAUUACCUCCCUCACAUCCAUAUUUAAUAGCUCAAGUACGAUCUUUGCUCUCGACAUAUGGAUGUUCUUCCGCAAGAAGGCAACAGAAGUUGAAGUGCUCAUUGUAGGCAGGAUCUUCAUUCUAAUUCUGGUGAUUAUCAGUGUUGUGUGGAUCCCAAUCAUCCAAGCUUCACAAGGAGGUGACCUCUUCAUCUAUAUCCAAGUCAUCUCCAGCUUCACCCAACCCCCUAUCUGUGCCAUAUUUUUACUGGCACUGUUUUGGGAGAGACUUAAUGAAAAGGGAGCUUUCUGGUCUGUUUUAAUUGGCAUUGCUGCUGGAAUGAUUCGCUUUGGGGUUGAGUACUAUCAGAAGAUUCCAAGCUGUUCAGAAAAUAUGCCAGAUCCCAGACCAGACAUUGUAAAGAAUUUUCAUUUUCUUUACUUUUCCUGUUUUCUGUUUUUGUUGACAACUUUCAUCGCUGUCGUCAUCAGUUUGCUGACUGAACCAAUUGAUCACAGAUGUUUGGUGAGAUUAACUUGGUGGACGCGUAAUAGUAAGGAACCACGCCUUGACAUAGACGAUAUGGCCCCUAGCAAGGCAACAAGCACUGCACCCUCUGUAGUGUGUCAGAAAGAUAAAGAGAAGAAGAAUGAUCUGUUGGAAAUGGAUGUUAAAGAAACAUUGGAAUCAAAAUCAAAAACUUCCCAUGAACCAGCAAAAAACAGAGCCGAUAUCUCAGACCAAGUUUCUGCUUCAGAGCAUGUAAAUUAUGCCCUUCCGAAGCAAGCAUUCAGCCAAUGUGAAGAUGUCAUCUAUACAGUAGCUGUUGCUGCAGGGUCUUCCCCACCAUCAUGUGGAAAAAAAUUCCUGUACAAAAUUUGUGGCUUUGAUAAAACUUACCAGCCGACGACCAUAACCAAUUUGCAAGAACCACGAUCUAUUGAGGAGGAUCCCAAAUGGAAAUGGUCUUCAAACAUUCUGUCCAUAAUACUUGCUGGCAUCAGUCUUUUCCUCACAAUCUACUUUGCUUAA